AACCAGCAGCCCCUGGAGCCCGCCCCGCCCCGCCCCGCCCCGCCGCACGGUGCUCUGGGAGUUGCAGUCCAGGCCUUGAGCUGGCUGGGGGAGCGGGAGGUGCUGGGGGCCGGAGCCAUGCGGAGGGUCAACAGCAGCCUGUCUAGCGAUGAUCUUCUCCUGGAGGAUUUGGAGACAGAAGGAGAGAGGCAGCUGAAGAGCCUCCUUCAUCAUCAGCUUGAUACUGCUGUCUCCAUUGAACAGUGCGUGUCCAAGCGACGAUGCUUCGCCCCAGCUGCUCUUUACAAGCCCUUUGGAGAGGAGGCGGCAGGGACUCUGACCUUAUCGCAGUUCCAGGCACUGCAGGAGAGUGAGCAAGAAACAGCCUCUCUUCGGGAACUGGGGCUCUCAGACUCAGAGAUCCUGCUCUGGAAGAACCAUGCUUCAGCAGAUAAGGGCUCUGGGCUGGGAGCAGCCCCUGAAGCCAUGCGGGAACGGCUGCGAGCCAUCCAGGAGAAGAUCACAGAGCGCCAGCGCAUUUUGUCCCUUCCGCAGAGGUUUGCUGGCAGCAAACAGCUGAGCCGGCGGGAGAUGGAGAUUGAGAAUGCGCUCUUCCAGGGGACGGACCGUCACUCCUUCCUGCGGGCACUCUACCACCAAGAUGAAGCUCAGAAGAGGAUGGUGAAUGAAAAGGACCCCAUGGGUCACUUGGAGACUGUCUGUCAAGAGAUGCUAAAAAAGCCAUUACCUGGGGAAUCCCACUCUACAAAAUGUGAUCCAUGCUUGCCUUGCUUCCCCUCCCCAAGUGGACCUGUGGUUAAGGGUACCACACAGCUUCCGGACCAGGGAGAGCAGACAGAACAGUAUGGAGGUCCCAGCCUCCCCGCGAUUAAGGCAGCGGGGACUGUGGUCCAGCAACCCACACUGGGGUCUGCAACUGUAAAGGAGCCCGUGGAGUUCAUCCCAGAAGAGGAGAUCCGCAAGAAUCGUCUCUCGGAGGAGGAGAUCAGGAGCAUCUCCCGGUUUUCCUCCUACGAGCCGGGAGAGCCAAGCAAGGUGCUGUAUUUGAAGAACCUGAGCACUCGGGUGACAGUGAGGGAGCUGGUCUCACUGUUUGCUCGGUUCCAGGAGAAGGAUGGCCCACCGAUCCAGUUCCGCCUGCUGAGUGGCCGCAUGAGGGGCCAGGCCUUCAUCACCUUUCCCAACAAUGCCUCAGAUCCAGGUGUGACGGCUAAGCUUCUCUGCAUUGAUGUUGUGGAGAUCAAGGGGGAGCUUUGUUUGACUUUCACAGAUAAUGGUGCUGGAAUGACACCUCACAAACUUCACCGUAUGCUCAGCUUUGGCUUCACAGACAAGGCAGCAAAGAAGAACCACCCAUCCAUUGGAGUGUAUGGUAAUGGUUUCAAGUCAGGCUCCAUGCGUCUGGGAAAAGAUGCCAUUGUCUUCACCAAGAAUGGAGGUGCACUCAGCGUGGGGCUCCUUUCGCAGACCUAUUUGGAACGUGUCCAUGCUCAGGCUGUUGUUGUCCCAGUGAUACCGUUCAACCAGCAAAACAAGAAAAUGAUUGUUACAGAAGACUCUGGGCCUAGCCUCGAGGCCAUCCUGAAACAUACGCUCUUCAGUACUGAGGAGGAGUUGCUGGCUCAGUUUGAUGCCAUUCCAGGCAAAAAGGGCACACGGAUCCUCAUCUGGAACAUCCGCAGAAAUAAAGAUGGGAAGCCUGAAUUGGACUUUGAUACAGACCAGUAUGACAUUCGGAUAUCAGACUUCAACACGGAGGAAUCAGAGAAUGCUGGCAGGAAGGUUCCUCCUCGCCUUGAGAAGGUGCAAGAGUCCUCUGCACCAGAAACCGAGUACUCCUUACGGGCAUACUGCAGUAUCUUGUACCUGAAGCCCCGCAUGCAGAUUGUUCUGCGACAGAAGAAAGUGAAGACUCAGCUGAUCUCCAAGAGCUUGGCUAAUAUUGAAUAUGAUGUAUACAGACCUACCUCCACAAACAAGAGGGUGAAGAUCACCUUUGGGUUCAAUUGCAAGAACAAUAGCCACUUUGGAAUCAUGAUGUAUCACAACAACCGACUCAUCAAGUCCUACGAGAAAGUGGGCUGCCAAAUUAAGGGGGAUGGCAUGGGCGUGAUCGGGGUGAUUGAGUGCAACUUCUUGAAACCAGCACACAACAAACAGGACUUUGAAGAAAGCAAGGAAUACCGACGGACAAUUACUGCACUGGGACAGAAACUCAACACUUAUUGGAAGGCGAAGGUGGCACAGAUGAACUUGGGUAGUUCCAGUGCUGCCAAUGUGCCAGCAGGGAGACCAGACCAGACUUGGGUGCAGUGUGAGGAGUGUUUGAAAUGGAGGAAGCUCCCUGACAAGGUUGAUCCUGCAUCAUUACCUGAGAAGUGGUUCUGUCAUCUCCAUCCCCACCCCAAGUACAAAAGCUGCUCAGCACCUGAAGAGCAGGAGCCCAGUGAUGAGGAGAUGAGCCCCAGCUAUGACCGAAAAUUCAGGAAACAAGAGCAGACCGCAGAGAGAAAGAGGAGGAGGUCAUCAUCAUCUUUGGAGAACCUGGAACACCAGGUAUUAUCCACUACACCAGAGCUCUGUCCUGCUCAGAAUAACAGUGUAACACGAGUGGUAAAGCAAGAGCCUGCAGAAGAGGGGCCUGAUGGGAUUGCUGGCUCUCUCACUCCUCCCCCUGCUCUUGACAGGAUCGGUGCUGUCUGUCUGACCACUGGGCCUUUGGAGCAAAAUAUACCACAGACAACUUCAAGCAAGCACAAGCUGUCCACAGAAGAAGAGCUGCUGGAAAAGCGGAAGCGAUAUCAGGAGCAGAUAGACCCAUCCCCCCCAGAUCUGACCAGUCCCAGCCCCCCUACUUCUUUUGAAAGGGAGAGCUUCACUGAAGUGGACCAGGAUCAGGAAUGCAGUGAGUCUGACAAGGAUGAUGAAAGUAUACAGGGGAGCAUAGACUCCUGCCUAGUCAGAGAACAUCUGGAUGCACUCUCUGGCACCAACCAAGCUGGGGAUGCUUCACACAAUGGGGGUCUUUGUCCUACCAAAGAGACUCCAGCAAGUCUUGGUCACUUUGAAGGAGAGCAAAAGGAGACUGCAAUGGUCCAGGUGGAACUGGAAGAGGAAAUGCCAGCCUUAAUAUCAGAAAGCCAGGCAGCAGAUAAGAGUGUCUGUGUAAAUACAUGUGGGAACGUGGAGGAGGUGGACAAGAGGCCCUUCGUGGCUGUUGUUGGUAUUUCAAAGACUGCUGCGGAUGGUGAGGCUCCCAUUCAGCUAAUCCCCUUUGGGUGGGAGGAGAGACUUGAUAAAGCAAAGGUUGAGGUGAAGACCAGGAGCCACAAUGAUCCUCCCCCUGAUGGGGACAAAGGAGGAGGAGAUCCGCAGGUACCAAACACCAGAAAUCAGAGGGAUAUGGUGGAGCAGGAGGAGCUGAGACAAACUGUGGAGAAUUUCUCAGUGGAGCUGAAGAGGGUCUCAGCAGAACGGGAUUUGCUCCAGGGCAAGGUGGAGGAACUAGAGCAGGAGAAGUGCCACCUGGAGACAGAUUUCUUGAAAAGCCAACAGGAAUUGGCAACGCUCAGGGCCCAGGAGACUGAAGGCUUGUACUGGAGCAAGAAACACAUGGGUUACCGCCAGGCUGAACUGCAAGAGCUGAAGGCUCAGCUGGAGAGGACCAUAGAGGAAAAGACCGAGCUGAAGGAGAGGCUCAAGGAGACAGAGAUGCACCUGGAGGUGCUUAGGGAGGCACAUGUCUCCUGCAGGAGCCCAGAGAGAGGAGACUUGAAAAGCACUAUGGAGAAGCUGAAGAACCUGCGUAGGAAUGUCAGCCAGCUCCUCUCACUGGUCCUCCCUCACCUAGAGCUGCAGGAUGUUAACUAUGAUUCGGACCAGAUUGAUGAAAUCUUACAGACAGUGUUGGAGACAAACAGGAUGUCAUAGUAGCCCUUCCCCCAUGCUGCUAUUGUGCCUUUUUGUAUAGUUUCUUUAAUAAACCCGUAAGUUCUUCAUCCUAA